AUGAGUCAACCCGUCAAUGACGAUGAUGCAGACGAUGACGAGGAGCCUUGCAUGCUGGACGAGUUCGGAUGGGAUCCGAUGGUGGAUGAAUACCUGGAGGCAUUGGUGGACGAGGCCAGCAGUCAGGCUGAGAUUGACUGGGCCUGGGUGUCGCAUCAGUUCCUCGACACCUUGGAGCCAACGCCUGAGCAGAUCGAAGCAGCUUUGCAGCGAUUCUGUCCCGACAGCUUGCAGCAGAGAUGGCUGUAUCUCCGGAGUACACAGACGCAGGUUCCCGCAGCGCCAAACGAGCCUCCGCGAGACCGUGUCCUGGAAGCAAUGCAGAAUUUCCUAUUUGGACUUCCACAGCCGCGCAUGAAUCCAGAGUUGCGAGAAUCACAAGCAGAAGCGCAAUCUGACAGCCAUGGGGCUGGUCAGUCCAAGAUCGAGGGUUCUGAUGCUCCCGACGCCGGAUGCCAAUUGCAACAUGCCGCAGUUGACGAUCCAACUGACGCAGGCUGCGACGGCAUGCACUGCAUUGAAAGCUCCAACAGCAAAGCUGGGGCUAUCGGCACAGAUGCUCUGCGCAGAUGCCUAGAGGAGCUCCGGUGGCAUGGCGAGGCAUUGCGACGAUGUGCUGCAGGACGGUGAUGCCCAGGCCCUUUGCGCCGAGGCAACCAUCAGACGAAAGGAGAGCUGCUUUGGAGCCUGGGCAGAGAGCCGAC